AUGACAGCCCACGAGGUGACAGCACUGUCGGGCAUGCAGCACUCCAAGAAGCGACAAUGGAGACCCUACUUGCUCGUUGUCAUGUUGAGCAUUAGUCUUGGAGCCAUGUCGUUUGGGUAUGCUUCAGGUGUUAUUGGAGCAACCGUCGCGCAACCCUCUUUUGUCGAGUAUUUCGAACUUGGUACCAGAUCAAACGCAACUAGUCUUAUCUCAGCCAUGAAUUCGCUCUUCUUUGCUGGCGCAGCCAUCUUCAUCUUGACAGUUCCCUUCUUUGCGGAUAAAUGGGGACGAAAAGCAGCCGUGGCAGUGUCGGCUACUGUCAUCAUCAUAGCAGGAGCUGUGCUGGCCGGAUCUGUGCACGUCGCCCAAUUCAUUGUCUUCCGAUUUGUAUCGGGCGCUGGGACCUAUAUGAUGAUCUCGUCGGUGACGCUGUGGAUGACAGAGAUAGCGCCUCCCUCGAUCCGUGGCGUUCUCGUCGGUCUCGUCGGAGCCAGCUUGCUCUUCGGAUACUCAUCAUCGGUUUGGGUUGGCUACGGCUUCUAUUUCUUCAAAAGCUCAAAUGCCUGGAGAGUUCCAUUUGUGUUCCAGGGUCUUCCAUCACUCUUAUUGCUUGCGCUUCUCUACUGGCUGCCGGAAUCUCCCCGCUGGCUUAUGCUUCAAGGCCGCCAUGAACAGGCCAGGGAUACUCUGCUAAAGCUCCACACUCCAGAAGAAGUAGAAGUCGAAUUCCUUCAGAUUCGCGAGCAGGUCGAAAUCGACAAGACUCUCCCAAGCUCAUACUGGGCCAUGUUUGCCAAUAAAAACAACAGGAAACGAACCCUCAUCGGCAUGGGAACCUUUGCCAGUAUCCAAACAUCUGGAAUUCUAGUAAUUAACAACUAUGGUCCUAUGAUCUACGGCGCGCUCGGCUUUGGAGUCGAAACACAGCUCAUCUAUGCGGCUGCUUGGCUCACCUUGGGAUGGGGCGGUGGUUGCCUGGCACUUUUUGUCGUCGACAAGAUCCCAAGGCCGAAAUUUAUCGGCUAUGGUCUCCUCGCUUGCCAAGCAUGUCUGAUAAUUGAGGCUGCAUUGGUGGCCAACUUUGCAGGCUCAGACAACAAGACAGCCCUCCGAGCUUGUGUCGCGAUGCUCUUUUUGUUUGUCUUCAUCUAUGAGUUUGCGUUGGACAGUGCCCAGUUUGUUUACCUGGGAGAACUGUUCCCUACUCAUAUACGAGCAAAGGGUGUCUCGCUGGGCUGUGGAACACUUGCACUGAUGAACGUCAUAUGGCUAUCUGUAGCACCCACUGCUUUCAAUUCGAUUGGCUGGAAGUUUUAUCUGUGCUUCAUUAUUCCAGGAUGGUUCUGUGCCGCUAUGAUUCUAUACUAUUUCCCUGACACCCUGGGCUUACCGCUCGAAGAAAUCAAUGCUAUUUUUGAAGACGAGGAUAGAGAAAGCAUUGUUGGCAUCGAGGAGGGAAAUGGAAAGGGGUCAUUCUCGGCCAGCAGCCCUAAGGAAGUGGGUAGCAGUGAGUAA